GCGUUGAACAUUGAAGCGCGAUGGUGUGCAGUGGUUGUUCUGGAGGAAUGUUCCUCUUGGGAGCAGGAUUAGCGCUGGUGAUCCUUUACUUCUACAGGAAAUACAUCGAAGGUCCUCAAUUUAGGAAGGAUGACGUGAAAAUGAACGGGAAAGUCGUGAUUAUAACAGGAGCGAACACAGGUAUUGGGAAGGAAACCGCGUUGGAUUUGGCGAGGAGAAAUGCCAAAAUCUACUUGGCGUGCAGAGAUCGCGAUCGUUGCGAAGCUGCUCGUCAAGAAAUCAUCGAGAAAACAGGAAACACAAAGAUUUACAAUCGUCAUCUGGACUUAACAACCUUGAAAUCAGUAAGGAAAUUCGCCGAGGAAUUCAUGAAGGAAGAAAAGCAUUUGGAUGUUCUCAUCAACAAUGCUGGAGUUUUCUUUUUACCGCAUUCAAUUUCUGAAGAUGGCUGUGAAUCAACCUUGCAAAUCAACCAUUUAUCGCAUUUUCUGCUGUCUCAUCUUCUGCUUGAGCACCUGAAGAAAGCUCCGCAAGGAAGAAUCGUGAAUGUUUCAAGUCUUGCGUAUGGAAAUGGCAAUAUUGAUAAGAACGAUCUUCACCUGAAAAAGUCCUUUGGAAAAAUGAGAGCUUAUGGUAACUCAAAACUCGCUCAAGUUCUCACAACUCAGCGAUUCGCCAGAGAACUCAAGGGCACCAAUGUGACGACUUACAGUCUUCAUCCUGGAGUUAUUGUUACGGAGAUUUGGCGCAAUAUGAACAUUCCAAGGAUCAUUAUUUCGAUUUUAAUACCUAUUAAUAAAUUUCUAUUCUGCAAAUCUCUGAAAUCCGGCGCUCAGACGACAAUUCGAUGUGCCGUUGAUCCUGAAUUGGCCACAGUUUCUGGAAAAUACUUCAGUGACUGUGAAGAAGUGAAGGAGUCGAAAUUACUUCCUCCAGGCAAAGAUGAGGAAAUCAGUGAAUUCAUCUGGCAGGAAAGUCUGCGAUUGGCCAAAAUUCCCAGAGAUUUUGUGUACAGCAAGAAAAAGCAGUAA